AGAAGGUAGGUAAUAAAAUUAUAUAAGGUACUCGUUAAACAGUACCGACAUUCAAUUAGCAACAUGAUUUCGGUGAUAAUUACCUGUUUGAUUGCUUCGACAAUGGCCGGCCGUUUGGAGUACCUGCCCCCUAACCUAGGGGGUACCAUCGGGGGCGGCUCGGGGGCCACUCCGGGAUUCCUGGGAGCCGGUGGUGGAGGAGCAUCGAUUUUCGGGGGCGGUUUCUACUCGUCCGGCCCUCAAAUACCAAUUAUAAGGUACGAAAACAACCCGAACAAAGGGGACGGUUCGUACAACUGGUUCUACGAGACGGGCAACGGCAUCGUCGCCGAAGAAAGGGGCUUCUUGAAACCGUUGGGGCCCGAAGGGGCGCAAAUCGCCGAGGGCGGGUUCUCCUACACCGCCCCCGACGGGCAGAGGAUCAGUUUGAGGUACACCGCCGACGAGAACGGUUUCAGACCGGUGGGGGCCCAUUUGCCGACGCCUCCGCCCAUUCCCGAGGCUAUUUUGAGAUCUUUGGAACAGAAUCGUCGAGAGGAGGCCAGCGGGGUGUUCGACAAUGGGCAAUACAGAUCCGGAUCAGGAGGAUAUAGAUAUUGAUGACACGAUGAAAAUAUUUACGUAUUAUUUAAAUAUAAUGUUA